UUCGGUUUCUCCUACGGUUGCGCGAGCUCAUGAAUGCGUCGGCUGCUUCUCUGUGCUCCAAUAUGGCGGCGCCCGUGGCCGGGAGAUGUGGCUUCUUCGUGGAGAAAAAGAAGCGUUUCUGUAAAAUGAUCGUCGGGAAAGGAAAAGUGUACUGCGGUGAACAUGCGACCAUGGAGGAAGGAAGCAGCAGGAGGAUUGUGUGUCCUCUGGACCCAAAGCAUACUGUGAGUGAAGACAAACUGGACAAACACCUGAAGAAAUGUAACUCCAGAGAGAAACCCAAGCCUGUUUAUUAUGUGGAGGACAUAAACUCUGGGUCAGCUGAUGGAGACGAGACGCUCCAACAGGUGAGUCUGUCUGAACGCAGCCGCACACAGCUGGAGUCUCUGUUGGACAAACUGAAGUCUGCAGUCAAAGGACUGCAGUUUGACAUGGAGGACGGCGUUCUGUCUCACCCUGUGCUCCAGGAGGAACUCAACAACCCCAAGAAUGGAGACUCCGCCCACAAACACCUGAAACAGCAGUCCUCUAUCUUAGGUCACCUGGAGGCGCUGGGACUGCUGGAAAGGGGGCGGUGCUUCGUUGAGUUUGGAGCAGGUCGGGGGAAACUGUCUCACUGGAUCCACGAAGCCCUGAAGACCCGCGAUGAGCCGAAGACCCACGAAGACCUGCAGCUGCUGCUGGUGGAGCGCUGCACCACCCGCUUCAAGGUGGACGGGAAACAUCAGGAUGUUGGAGUUCAGUUUGAGCGGCUGCAGGUCGACAUUCAACAUCUGGAUUUAAGUAAAGUCCCCCUGCUCAGCCAGAAGAAGCUCCCGCUGGUUGGAGUUGGUAAACACCUUUGUGGAGUGGCGACAGAUCUGGCUCUGCGCUGUUUGUUGGAAACACCGAGACUCAGAGAGGAGACCGAACCAUCCCGAAAACGGCUCAAAACCUCCUCAGAGCCUUCUGAUCCAGAAUCAGCUGUAUCAGUCGCUAUGCCAGACUCUAGUUCUGGUCCGGUACUGGGCCUGGUGGUGGCGCUGUGCUGUCACCAUCGCUGCGAGUGGCGUCAUUACGUCGGCCAGCAGUUCUUCCUGCAGCGAGGACUCGGAGCUGCAGAGUUCUCAGCUUUCUGUCGCAUGUCCAGCUGGGCAACAUGUGGGCUAAGACCGACCAAUCAGGGCCAUCCAACUGAGGUUCCAACCAAUCAGAGAGGAGACGAUGAAGAACAUGAACCGGCAGAGGAGACGGACGCUGUGAACGGGUUUCUGUCAGCGGAUGAACGCGAGCACGUCGGUCGUCUCUGUAAGCGUCUGAUCGACGGCGGCAGGCUUCACUUCCUGAGGACGAAAGGAUUCGACAGCAAACUGAGUCGCUACGUUAACAGUCAGGUGACUCUGGAAAAUGUCUUACUGAGCGCCGUCCCCUCGUCUUCCUCUUGAACUGCAGAGACGCCCACACAAAAGACACAAAUCACACAAACUGAGUUUCUCAAAGUCUUUUUAUUUGUUUUUUAUUUUCUAUUUGUUGAGUUCAAAUGAAAAUCAUCGCAGACUCGAUAUGCGUCUAAAUGUGUUUGUAAAGUUUGUAUUAAAGCGCUUUCAGUUGUG